AUGGUGUCUUUCACUUUCGCGGCAGCGGCUGCUGCUCUUCUUUCCGUAGUCUCUGCUCAGACUUUCCAGCGUCUUGGUGGAUGUCCCACACUCGGCUGCGUCUUCCCUCCCGAUCAGCAGGAUUUCCUCGCUGGUCAGUACUUCGACAUUCGUCUCGAAGUGCAUGCACCAGUCAAUGGCUCGGAGGCGACGAACGGCAAGCCAGACACGAACUUCACUUUCAACAUUGGCAAGGUCGGCGAGGCUGCUCAGCCAGCUGCCAAGUUCUUUGGCCUCGAUGAGCCAAAGCUCGAGGGCUGGAAUUUCACUUGGUACGAGGAUCUGUUUGCCCGCGAUGCUUUCAAGCCUAGUGUGGUGAACGUGGCGUCCAAGGCAUACCGACGAGUCGCUCUCUACACACCGGGCGAAUACGUGGCUACCUUGAGCUACAAUGGCACCAACACUACCGCCUACUGGCUCGUCCGCGACAUCGAGGAGGUCCGCAAGACCAAGAAUGUUCUGUUGUUCAUCGGUGACGGCAUGACUACCAACAUGAUCACGGCUGCCCGCCUGAUCGCCCACAAGCAAGUCAACGGUCGUUAUCAGAGCACCAUGGCCAUGGACAAGUUCCCUUCCCUUGGCCACCAGAUGACGCACUCUCUCGAUUCCUUCAUCACUGAUUCCGCCAACUCGGCCACGGCGCUCUACACUGGUCACAAAUCCUCGGUCAAUGCAUUGGGUGUCUACGCCGACUCCUCCCCUAACCCUUUCGAUGAUCCCAAGAUUGAGACUAUCGCUGAGAUCUUCUUCCGUCUGUGGGGUGGUCACGUUGGUAUUGUCAGCACAGCUUUCAUCGCUGAUGCUACACCUGCUGCUCUUACCGCCCACACCAGAGAUCGUGAUCAGUACGGUGCGGUCAUUGACUCUUUCAUUCACGGCAUUGUCAACUACACCUGGACUCAAUGGAACGGCCCAGAUGUCCUUUUCGGCGGCGGAGCCGAACAAUUCUACUCCCCAUCCCUCGGUGGCGUGACCUACAAGGGCCUCGACUACUACAAGGUCUUCGCUGAUGCGGGCUACGAUGUUGUCUACAACAAUACUGAGCUCCAGGCCGCAUCCACCUCUGACCGCAUCCUCGGUAUCUUCUCCGUUUCCAACAUGGCGAAGUGGCUUGAUCGCAACGUCUACACUGCCAACCUCAAGAACCAGAAGAACUCUCCAGACGGAUCCAAGGGCGACGCAGUUGACCAGCCCGGUCUCAAGGAGAUGACUCUCAAGGCCAUUGAUGUGCUCCAGACUCGCUCUGCUGCGAAUGGCGACAAAGGCUGGUUCAUCAUGUCCGAGGCUGCCUCCAUCGACAAGCAGAUGCACACCCUCGACUACGACCGUGCUCUCGGCGAGCUCCUUGAGCUCGACGAUACGAUCAAGAAUUCCAUCGACCACCUUACCAAGAUCGGCCAGAUCAACGAGACUUUGAUUGUUGUCACCGCUGACCACGGCCACGGUUUCGAUGUCUUCGGCAGCGCUGACACCCAGUACUUGAACGCCCAAAAGGACGACCGCUCCAAGCGCAACGCUGUCGGCACGUACCAGAAUAGCGGUGAAUCCCAGUAUGUCAACACUGGCAGCCUUCGCUAUGUCGAUAGCUUCUUCCCAGCCAACUGGGAUCCUCGCUACACUUUGGCUCAAGGCUUCGGUGCCCACCCAGACGUGCGUGAGAAUUACCAGGUUCACAAGGACGGCCCCCGUCUCCCAGCAACAAACAUCACCGGCUUCCCCAGCACAGACUACUUCGUCAACCCCAAAGACAACCCCACGGGCUUCAUCACCAACGGCACCCUCCCCACCAACGCCAACCAAGGCGUGCACUCCCUCACCGACGUCCCCGUCUUCGCCAUGGGACCCUGCCACGAGACGUUCAGCGGUGUCUACAAUAGCAUUGAUAUCUUCUAUAAGAUGGCCGGAUGUUUGGGUCUUUCCAGGCCGAAUGGUGCCAGCUCGACGAAUCAGACUAAGCCGGGUUCGAAUGACCAGGGUGGGCAUUAUAGUGGGCCGGGGAAUUGGGGUGGGCCCCAUAAUGGUGUGCCGGGGUAUCAGCAGUAUGGAGAGGGAAAGCCUAUGUACGGUCCUCCUGGAUGGUAG